AGGAGGGCAGGCGCGGGCUGGCCACGUCCCAGCAGUGAUGUCCAUCCCCGUGGGACCAGGGCACUCCAUGGGCAUGCUCUGCAGCACCAAGCAGGCAUCAAGACUGCUUCAUCAGGGCAGAGAGAGGGGACGAUGGCAAGCCUUGUCCUAGGGUUGGGGAUGCAGCAAGAGCCCUGCCAGGAUGGGACCAGUGACCAAUACAACGGGCACUGCAGAGCUGGGUCGGUCCUCACCCUCUGUCCCAGGUCUGCAUCAGGAGCAGCCGCCAAAGAGGUGCCUGGAUCAUCUGGAGAACAUCACCAGCCUCGCCCUGCACCAACACCCUUCGUGCCACUGGAGAUGACGUCCCUGUUUAUCUUUCCUUUGUGGUUCAUUCUUUAGCUGGCAGCAUAGAGGAGUUUCUGGGUUACCUGAUGGUCUCCCCCAGGGCUGGGCAGCUGGAAAGGCUGGUUCUAAGCUUUGGACACAAAUCCCAAGCACAUUUCUCAGAGAGAACAGGCCACAGAGGUGCUGAGGAGAGCAAACGCGGCCCACGGCGGGAUCAGAGAUGUGUGUCCAAGGCCCUGUCUCAGCCCUCCUCCCAUCCUCUGCAGGGAUCGGCGUGGGACUGGUUGGCUUUGGCCUAUUCUUCAUCCUUUUUGGUAUCCUCUUGUACUUUGACUCAGUGCUCCUGGCCUUUGGGAAUAUCCUCUUCCUCUCUGGCUUAGUUUUCAUCAUCGGCUUCAGGAGGACCUUCACGUUCUUCUUCCAGAGGCCAAAGCUGAAAGGCAGCAGCUUCUUCCUUGGGGGGGUCCUCAUCGUCCUCAUGCGGUGGCCCAUCCUGGGCAUGUUGCUGGAGGCUUACGGCUUCAUCACCCUCUUCAGGAGCUUUUUCCCAGUGGCUUUUGCGUUUUUGGGCUCGCUGGCAAACAUCCCCGUGCUGAGCAAGCUCUUGCAGAAGGUGGGAGACAGCAGCACUAUGGUGUAACCUGCGAGAUGGGCCUCAUCGUUGGAGAUGGGAUGGUGCAAGUGAGCCCUGGGUCUGGCUCCCCUGCACUGAGCUGCUGCUUCUCUCAGCCCCAGGACCCUCAGUGCUGGCCUCAGCCACUCCAGCUGCAAGGAUGAUGCCUCACUGCCCCACAGGGCUCCUGUGAGGACCUCCUGAGCAAGGCUCCAGGACCAAAUGCUGUUCCAGACAGGAUUCUGGAAUUUUGAGCAUUAUUUUAUUCUUUUUGUCCUCCCUUUGUUGAAAGAUUUAAUUAAAAAGUGUG